AUGGGUACAAAGGCCAAAUCAGACCAUCCCCAGAAGGGUAGUGGAUCUAAAGGCGGAGCUAAGGGUGAAUCAAAGUCCUCUGAUCUGACAGAGGAAGAACGUAAACUCCUUAGACAAAUAAUCCGUAGAAUACAGAGAAAAGGAGAUAAGAAAGCAGAUCUCUUCUCUGUCGCUGUCGCCGCCGUCCAGGAUGACACUUCUGAGCCAAACAUGAUGCCUGUCCAGCAAACUGAAUUUCAGGAGGACGUGUGUAUGUCCUUACAGGAGUCGGUGACACCCUCACCAGCUGACACUCCUGCCGAUCUUGAACCUCAGGACAACACAUCACAAGAAACGACAUCUACCAGCGCCGUCUUGGUAGUACAGGCGAACUCCGCAGAGGAGCCAGCCGAAGAAGACUCCUCACUUAUUCGGCUUGAACCACCUUUCCUCCAAUUCUUGUGCAACCUCACUGAGAAAGGCAUCGCACAGAAGUUUUACGUUAAUACCGUCCUUGAAAAUGAACUUCAACACGAAGCACUCCUAGACACUGCUGCUGACAUCACUCUGAUGUCCUCCACGCUCUUUAAUCGCUUGCGCAAUAUGGUGCAGCAGUCCAACAGGGACAUCAAGCUGCAGCCCUGCGCCAUGGAGAUUCGGCCGUACUCUACAGACAGUACGACUUUAAAUACAAUGACGAUGUUGAACAUCUCCAUUGGACCAAUGAAAAUCAUGCACCCCGUGUAUGUGUCGCCCCUUGAGUCGAUUCCUUUCCUCAUCGGUCAAGACCUUUUAAAACGGUUUGAGCCCCUGAUCGACUAUCGACAGCUGAAAAUAUGGGCACAGGUCCGCAGACCAUUACCCAUACCAGCAACCGACAAGAAUCGGGCUCAGUGUUACGCCUUGACGCGUGAACUUGUUACAAGCACACCGACAAGUGUAAGCUCACCGGAACAACCCUACUUGACUGACGACGAGCCACAACCCUGCUCGUGGCCUUUCGAUGACUCAGUCAUAAAAAGGGACACAUUUUUGUGCAAAUUCGAUGACACCAAUGGACCCGACACACCCGGGCCAUUGAUCACUGAAGGCAUCAACUUGAAUGAGAAUCACGUCAACGAUGUGAUUUUGGCUCUUUGGGCUGACAGAUCAGCCAUCAGCCGUGAACUGUACGACGCCUUGUCUAGGGAUGACCCGAACCUCCAGUGUGUUCGGAAAGCAUUUCGCUUCCCCUUGGACUCCCUUCCUAAAGCUACCAUGACUGCUGAAGGCGUCUGUGCCUUAACUGUGCGAUGGAACAAAAGGGAGAUGACUCACCACUUCUUGGUCAUCCCAGACCUACCAUAUCAGGUCUACAUGGGAAGUGAUAUACUGGUCAGGUUGGCAGUCCAGGUCGAUACCAUUAACAACAUACUGUGGUCCCUUACCAGUGUUAAUGAGGAAACCCUGACCCCUGAUGUCGACAACAUCAUAUCAGGACAGUCAAUCCCUGAAGCCUGUCAGGUAGCCAAUGAACUUGACAUUGUCAUACCUGCAAUGACCACAAACGUUCCCAUUCGCUUGAACCUACAACGUGGACAAAAGCUGUCGCACACUCAAGCUUUCUUCCAGCCGUCGUUGCUCUUUCUUAAACUAGGGCUGUCUACUCAGGCAACUCCUCUUCUUGAGCUUCACUCGAGAUUCACACACUUGCUUGUACAAAACACGACACCCGAAGAUAUCCUGAUCCCUAAAUCCACCCUGCUGGGUUGGUUGAUCAGCACGUCGUUCCACGACUUUGAAUUGAGGAUUCCUGUAAUAGGAAAAAUGCCCCGUUCUCUGAUGUCAGACCAUUCGCCGGAACAGGUCUUUCAUACCCUACCUUCCAGGGCUAUCUCGCUCUUCCCAACUGUACCGCUGGACCACGACACCAUCUGCCAGGGUGACCUCUCUGAGGACUCACAGAUGAUCCUGCACACAGUGCAAGUCCUAAGCGUCAGUUCGGAGCCAGAAUCGGCCCAUACACUUUCCGGGGUAGAACCCUCUAUCUUCCCAACCGGGCAAACACCUGAGCACGAUCCAGACUUUGAUGCCAAAGUCGAACAGCUCGUAGCUGAGGCAGACGCCCUGAACGGCGAAGAGGAGCGUGAAAAGCUUCGCAAACUUCUGCACAGAUAUCGAGCCUCUUUCGCAAAAGACUCGCUUGACUGUGGCUUAACCUCUAUCCACUCUAUCCGCAUUCCGACACCACCGGAUGCACCACCAACUUUUGUACGCCAGUACAAAAUUCCCUUAGCGUCCUAUGAACCUAUUCAGGAAAUCAUAGAUGAUCUUUUGGCGAAAGGGAUCAUUCGGCCAUGUAACAGUACCUACUCAGCCCCACUCUGGCCGGUACUGAAACCAAACGGUAAAUGGCGACUGACCAUCGAUUACCGAAAGCUGAACCAACAAGUUCCCCUUUCCAGGUGGCCUAUGGCUCAGCUCCAACAGGAUCUGCCAAAGAUCACUGACGCGAGAUACUUCUCCACUCUUGACGUGGCAUCAGGGUUCUGGACGAUACCAGUACAGGAAGCUGACCAGCACAAACUGGCGUUCACUUUUGCCAACAGGCAGUACACCUUCACCCGAUGCCCUUUCGGCUAUGCCAACUCGCCAGCAGAGUUCAACAUCUUUCUGAACAAAGCCUGCCCAGAUGCUAGUGAGAGAGGCACCCUCAUAUAUGUCGAUGACAUCUUAAUGAGGAACCAAACCCUGGACAUGCAUCUCGCUGAGAUUGACCAUGUCCUGAACCAGCUCACGAACGCCGGGGCAAAGAUAUCUCUGUCGAAAUGUCAGUGGUGCAGGACCAAGGUGAACUACGUCGGUUUGCUGGUUGGUCCAACAGGUGUCGAACCACAGCUGAGUCGAAUUCAAGGCCUGUCAAACCUUAAAGCUCCCACGAACGUCUCAGAGCUUCGCAGCUUUUUGGGAGUAUGCAACUACUCCCGACAGUUCAUUGAGGACUAUGCAGACUUAGCAAAACCCCUCACCAACUUACUGAAAAAGGACGUACCAUUCAUUUGGGGACCGUCCCAACAACACGCCAUGCAAGCUUUAAAAGACAAACUCUGUGCAGCUCCUUGUCUUGCCUACCCAGACUGCAACAGACCGUUCUAUCUGGAGGUCGGUUUCUCUUGUCACUGCCUUAGUGCAGGAUUAUACCAGAUCCAUGACUCGGAUAAACGAGUUGUCGCGUAUGCUAGCAAAACCUUGUUGGCUCCUGAACUAAAGUUCUCCGACUGCGAAAAGGCGCUUCUCGCCACUGUGUGGGCUGUGAAGCAUUUUUCGAAUUAUCUUGGAGGCCAAAAGGUGAUUGUGGAAACCAAUCAUCAACCAGUGACCUUCCUUAACAGCCAAAGAAUCAGAGACGGCGUUGUAACCAACGCUCGUGUAGCAUCUUGGCUUAUGGCUCUUCAGAGCUUUGACAUCGAGGUCCACUACGCCCAAAAUCGCAAAACACCUCUCGGGAUGGAACUCGCAGCGUGCCAAAGCUGCUUGACAGACAGCGCGGACACAGGGUCCCCAACCUGCGACCCCGAGCCACCUGAAUUAUCUUGCCACCGGUACUUCGACGACAAUGUCUGCAAAGACAUGAUUACAGCUUACGUUGAUGGUUGUUCAUACCACCACGACACUGUUCUUAGAGCAGGCGUGGGUGUUGUCUGGGUCAACGAUGAACCAUGUGAACCACUCAGCUUCAACCUAGGGGCCCAAACGUCCCAGUAUGCUGAAGUGGCAGGCAUUCUGAUUGUUUUGCAACUUGCGGUGGAACACAAAAUCCACGCCUUAACGAUUUGUACAGAUUCCAACUAUGCGCGACUCAGCUUCUCAUGUCAUCUGCCUUUGUGGAAACGCAACGGUUUCUUGACCUCGAACAGAAAGCCGGUCAAACACAAAGAUCUGUUCCUGGCGUGCGACUUCUUGACCUCUAACCAUGAUCUCCAGAUCUAUUGGAAGAAAGUCAGGGGGCACUCUCGUAUCCCUGGUCCAGACAAGAUGUUUAAUGACCAGGCUGACUCCUUGGCCAAGCAGGGGGCCUUAACUGGCUCAAACUGGCACUUUGAGCCCUCUGUUUUUCCCCUCCCACCCGUGCCCCUGGUUUGUGCUGUCACCAGAGCCCAGUCUCGAGCUCCACCUCGCCCGGCUCCCUCGGGCCCGGUCUCCGCCACUGUGGCUCCGGCUUUUUCUGACUCUGACUUGCUGGUGCUCCAAGCUUCGGACCCAGCCAUUGCUGCCAUGACGCAGUUCCUUUCAGGGCCUCCUGACUCCUCCAUGCCUCCUGACUUGCUUGCCUCCAUCCCUGGCCUGCGCCAUCUUUUCCGCGUGCGCUCUUCACUGCGGCUCGUCAAGGGCCUUCUGGUUUAUGUCUCCGAAGCACUCACUUCGCCUGCCCUCGUGGUGCCUCGCAGCCACAGGGGGGUAAUGUUGACAUACGCCCAUGACACACCGUGCGCAGGACACAGAGGAAACAAAGCCACGCUCCAUGCUCUCCAACAGGUGGCCUAUUGGCCACACAUGCAGAAAGAUGUAGCUGAUUACAUAAAAGGGUGCCUGGUUUGCUGCCAGUUUCAACCGGCAAACCCACUUCAUCGAGCACCCCUACAGCGCAGAGGUAUCUCCUUUCCUUGGUCAGACCUCCAGAUCGAUUGGGUGGGUCCUCUCACUAAGUCAGCAAGAGGAAACAAAUACUUCCUCACAGUUGUCUGUGCAUUCACCAAAUGGGUAGAAUGCCUACCAGCCCCAAACGAUACGGCUCAGACCACAGCAUACCUCUUGAUGAACCACAUCUUCUCGCGGUUCGGACUCCCAACUCGUGUCGACUCUGACAGAGGGACACAUUUCACCUCAGAGGUAAUGCAACAACUGUGGCAACUGUUGGGCGUCAAAGCCAACUUUCACAUCAGCCACCACCCCCAGUCGUCUGGACAGGUAGAACGGGCAAACCGAACAGUGGUAACCAUACUGAAAAAGUAUGUGUCAGCCAACCACAAGGACUGGGAUGUUAAGCUUCCCUUGGUCCUGAUGGCCAUCAGAGCGACUCCACAUGGGUCAACCGGGUUCUCACCCUUCGAGUUGAUGACGGGCAGACAGAUGACCCUACCUCUGCACCUGCUGUAUCAGCCAGGUGAGGCCAGUAUAGCAACGGCCUACACGACCCAUCAGUACAUGACUGACUUACACCAGCACCUGAAGGCAACGUUUGCCUUCACCCAAGAGCAUCUCAGCAAAAGUGCUGAAGGACGCAAGUCCUAUUAUGACCAAAAAGCCUCCCAACAGGAACUCCAAGUAGGUGACAAGGUAUGGUACUACCUGUUCACCCAGCCCAUUGGAGAUAAAGCCCCAAAGUCUGGGAGACUGGCACGAAAGUUCCUGCCCCGCUGGGCAGGCCCGUACCUGAUCACUGAAAAGCUCUCUUCUGUUGUGUACCAAAUUAAGAUCGCAAAGGGCAACAAAGAGCCGACCCUUAAAUGGGUCCACCGCAACCAGAUUAAACUUCACCACAACCCCAUGGGACUUGUCGGGGCCUCCAGCGCCACCCUUGAGUCAUAA